CUAUAUAAAGCACAGAAGAAAGGGGAUUACAUCUUUCUCUCUCCGUUUGGGCUUCGAGCAACUCAAAUUACAAACCCUAAUUCUCGCUUUCUCCCUUUGAGAUCUAUCUAUGGGUUCCAGAAAGAACGAUUUCGGCGAUGGAGCUAGCCCAGGAAAAAUCUUCAUUGGAGGUCUAGCGAAGGAGACAACAUUAGAGCAAUUUGUGAAGUACUUUGAGAAGUAUGGUGAGAUAAUAGACUCAGUGAUUAUGAAGGAUAGACAUACUGGUAGACCUAGAGGUUUUGGGUUCAUCACUUAUGCAGAUCCCUCUGUCGUUGACACUGUUAUUGCUGAAACUCAUAUUAUCAAUGACAAACAAGUUGAGAUCAAAAGAACCAUUCCUAAAGGAUCUGCUGAAUCGAAGGAUUUCAAAACAAAGAAGGUUUUUGUUGGCGGCAUUCCUACUACUAUGAAUGAAGAUGAAUUCAAGGGCUUCUUCUCCAAGUAUGGUAAGGUGACCGACUGCGAGAUCAUACGGGACCAUGUGUCUAAGCGGUCUCGAGGGUUUGGAUUUAUUGUGUUUGAUGAGGAACAAGUAGUUGAUAAUUUGCUGUCUGAGGGAAAUAUGAUUGAUAUGUUGGGUAACCAGGUUGAGAUCAAGAAGGCAGAACCAAAGAAACCCUCAAACCCAGCAUCUGGUCCUGCAUAUGGUAGUGAAUCUAGGGGACGUGCAUACAAUGAUAGUUAUGGAGGCUUUGGCAAUUCAUAUAGCAGUUUUGGCAGUGGCAGUUUUGGCCCUGCUUCUUAUAGGUCUUCUGGAGGUAUGAGUGGUAGGUUUGGUGACUAUGGAUAUGGUGGUGGUGAAUUCGGUGGUAGAUAUGGAGACUUUGGUGGAGGUGAAUUUGGUAGCUAUCGAGGAGAUCCCUCACUGGGCUAUUCUAGUCGCUAUGGCUCUUAUGGCGGCGGGUAUGGUGGAGGUGCUGGUGGAUAUGGUGGCGGUGGACUAAUGGCGGCAUAUGGCCGUGGAGGUGGUUAUGGGGGCUAUGGUGGCGCUGGCUCUGGCGCUGGCGCUGGUUAUGAAUCUGGCCCCGGUGCUGGUUAUGACUCUGGCCCUGGCGCUGGUUAUGGUGGACCAGGAGGUCUUUAUGGAAGUAGGACAGGCUAUAGUGGCAGCGGCCGUUACCAUCCCUAUGGCAGGUAGAUUUUCCUAAGCAGUUCCUAGGUGUUGCAUUCAGGCUCAUGGUAAUGCAUCUUUGGCUCAGAGUUGAGUAGAUAUGGGAGCGCUAGCAAGGAGUCAACGUCUAGAAGAUUGGGAGAACCCUAGUUUGUUCCUGCUCUUACUAUUGUGGGACCUGAGACCCGAUGUUUUAGUUUAGACAUUUUUCCUUUUUUGUGAACUAUGAAUUAGCUAGAACCUUACUCUUUUGGAGCUCUUUCAUGUAUCUUUUGUAAGCUUGGUUUCUUAGAUGUUUGGU